AUGCGCUGUCUUGUGACUUGAACAGUAAGUACGUACUCCACUGUGGCAGUUUGUCUGUGCAAUGAGUGGCAGGUGACAGUGUACUGUCAGUCAAUGAUGAUUAAAAAAAUGCCACUGGAAAAACUUGAAUUUUUUUUCUUUUUCAAGCGCGAGAAAGGAGUUGUUUGCAAGACUUGCAAUGAGGCAAAAGCACAUGUACACAGCUUAUAAAAUCCACAAAGACCAUGAGAGCUACUAUUCUUUCAUUUUUAAUGACAUCAUGGGCUUUGAGCAAAAGACUAUCACUGGAGUGAGUGUGGCAGAUGUCAUACUGGCCUUGAAGGGACAUGUGAAAGACGGUUACAAGUUCCUUCCUGAAAGCCCAUUGCAGGGCAGUGAUCAAGGCUACAGGUCAUCUCCCACUUUGGAUGACAGAGUUCACGUUUUGGUUUGUGUCAUUCCUGCCAACUCAGUGUCUUUACUAAGUGAAGAUGUUGUGAAGAAGAUGAGAGAAGUCAGACUAGCAGCCAGUGAAAUGGGGAUUCCCCAACUGGCUAUUCUCACCAAAGUUGAUGAAACCUGUCCUGAGGUCAAAAAAGAUGUAAACAAAGGCUACAAGAGCAAGCAUUUAAAGGAACAGGUCGGCAAAUUCAGCAUGUUGCUGGGCAUUCCACCAAACUGCAUCUUUCUUGUGAAGAAUUAUGAUUCAGAAGUCACCCCGAAUGAUGGCAUUGAUGCGCUGACACUGAGCGCACUGAGACAGAUGUUAACCUUUGGAGAAGACUUCCUCAACAACCUACCUCCAACCUAGACCUACAUACUGCUGACAUAAACAUUGUAUUAUCAAGACGUGAAAAAAUGGCCUCUUUAAAAAAUUUUUUACAUACAGGGUACAUUUUGAUGAUAUAUUAUGCCUGUCACUGCUUUUAUAUAGGCCUACAGCAUAUUUCUAUACACAUCCAUUUUUCACCAACUUUUAUGUACAUUAUAUUUUUAUCUUUUCUUUGUUUUUUGUUUGUUUAGCUGUAUGUGUAUUUGUAGCUUAAUGUAAAUUGUUUUUGGAUUUAUAAGUAUACUGAGACCAGCUUACAACUAGAGCCAAAAAAUCCGUGUAGACCUACAGUAUGUGUUGAGCACACAU